AUGGUUUAUGAGGGGACAGCUCUAAAUCCCUUUGCUGCGGAAGUUUUGGGCGCAGAUCAGAGAGGAAGUUCGGGUGGAGACGCAAAUACUGGUGAAGCCGCACCCGUGCUAACUCCAAAUUCAUCGGGGCUUACUGAAGAUGUACGGGAUGUGCCCAGGACCAAAUACUUUUUGUUGUUCAUACUCUUCGAACGACUUCGAGAGGAGCUCCGAAGUGAUCUUUACGAGACGGAUCGCGAUUUAGAAUCCCGCGAACGUUUAGGGAGAGCCGAGCGAUCAGUGCAGCCACCGCUGCCUACCGGAGCACAAACAUCUUCUUCCUCUACUUCAUUGGCUGUUCCAUCUCGUCCGAAUAGGCGGGAGGAAAGAAGGCGCAGCAAUAGCAUCGAAAUUAUCUCGCCUAGUCCACCUGCUGUCGCCGAUUUGGAGCAGCGUGCUGGCCGGCUCAUCAUCACACCUGAACGCCGUCAUCCAAAGCGCGAGGAGCAAGAUGAGGAGCAUAGCCCAAACAGUUCCGCUGUUAGUACUAGAAUCACUGGUAAGCAUAGAAGAGGAUUGGACUUGUUGAAGACUGGUGAUAAUAGCAGUUCAAAUACGGAUGACUCAGAGCCCACAACCUCAAAAGGAUGCACGGCGUCACGCACUCGCCCCAGCAAAAGGAAGAUUGGAGUUACAAUAAUUCGCUUUCCGACGCACCCAAGUGAGCCAGGACCGUCAUAUGUCUCCGAAACUCAUGAAGAACCAAUGGUCGGGGAUACGGUUGAGAACCAGGCGGAGGAAGCUGGAGAUAGCAAUGAAGCUGAUAAUAUCAAAGUUUUCUCAGAGCAUAUGUAUUGA